AGGAGAAAACAACUUCCUGGUUUCUCUCAGAGGCUUGAGAAACACUGUAGGGGUCCGGAGGAGCUUUCAAGUUGCUUUCUUUGGGUCAGUCCCCGAGACCAAGACCAAGACCGAGGCCAGCGACUUGUGGUGUAGAGCUCCCCAGGGGUAAACAGUGGCUUAUCUUGCCCCUAAAGGUCAGGCCCUGCUGCUCAGAAGAAAGCCAGCCUCUCGGCUGCUCCAGGCCAUUCCCACAGCAGCUCGGAUGGUGGGUCAGGAGGCUGAGCCCCGUGCCCCUGGAACUCCGUCAAGGGAGAAGAGCUCGGCCAGCCUGUUGCAGGAAGCUACUUCACAGGGUGAGCAGACUUUUGGAACACGUAGACAUUAGGACCGAUGCCCAUUUCAUGACCCUAAACCGCAGCGCCGGGCUCUCUUUGACGGACCACCCAGCUGUAUGAAGGGAAAAUAAUCUUUCAUGUCUCCACAGGGCAGCCUGAAGAUGGCCAAUUACACGUCAGCCCCGGAGGAUGACUAUGACGUCCUCAUAGAGGAUGACCUGAAUAGCAAUGAAAUAGGACCAUGCGACCCCUAUGACCCCAAGAUCCUGGUGGCCCAGGUGGUACCCCAGCUCUCCACCACCGUGUUCCUGACUGGUCUCCUGGGCAGUCUCUUGGUUGUGCUUAUCCUGGUGAAACAUAAAGGACUCAAGCACAUGGAAGAUAUCUAUCUCCUGAACUUGGCGGUUUCAAAUUUGUGUUUCUUGCUGGCCCUGCCAUUCUGGGCCUACACUGCGACACACGGGGGGGUUCUCGACAACCCCUUCUGUAAAAUUCUAGUGGUCCUGUACUCCAUAGGCCUAUAUAGCGAGGCAUUUUUCAACGUCCUCCUGACUGUGCAUAGGUACCUGGUGUUUUUCCCCGUGAGCCUUCCCUCAACCACCAGGACGACACGCUGGGGCAUGAUCUCAAGUAUUCUGGCGUGGGUCCUAGCCGCUCUGGUCAUUUUGCCCGAAUCCGUGUUUUAUAAAGCUCAGAUGGGAAGCCAGACAUACAAGUGCUUCUUGAGACUACCUCACUUCCUGCUGGCGGAGGAGACAUCCUGGAAGCGUUUUCUGACCUUAAAGAUGAACAUUUUGGGACUUCUUUUUCCACUGUGCGUUUUUGUCUUUUGCUACGCGCGAAUGAGAAAAAUACGAAGGUCUGGGGAGAGGAGGUCUGGCCUUUCUAAGCUGGUUUUUGCCAUUAUGGCUGUUUUCCUUCUGAUGUGGGGACCUUACAACAUUGCACUUUUCCUGUCCACUUUCAAAGAAUCUUUCUCCCUGCACGACUGCAAGAGCAGCUAUAACCUGGACAGGAGCAUUCAGAUCCUGAGAAUUGUCGCAGCCACCCACUGCUGCGUCAAUCCCCUCCUCCAUGCGUUCCUUGACCCCACAUUCAGAAGACACCUUGGCCGUCUUUGCUGUGUGCACGAUGGCCGUUUGCUUCAGUCCAGAGAGGAAUCUACACGAGAUGCCUCCAGGGAAGAACGUGACCAUUCCACCAAAGUGUAAACUAGCUUCCGUCAAAGGCGGGACAAAUAAACAUUGAUUUUUAUAUCA